AUUUUAAAGUGAGGCAGCUGUGAGGAAGAGCAGCAGACGGACCGACUCCUUUCAAACAUGAAUCCUGCUCUGCUGGCAUUGGCGGCGUCUUUGCUCGCCACGGCGGCGGCUCAGUCCCACGACCAUCACGACAUGUCCUGGGUCAACGGCUACCGACAGGGCUUCAACUUCCAGUGUCCCCACGGCGAGGUCCUCGUGGCCACCAGGAGCUACUUCAGCGAGGCGGACGGCUCGGACCGCCUGUGGUCGUUUGAGUGCCAGCCCACGCCGGAGGCUCUCGGGGAGCCCAGCGACUGCUGGUGGGACGACAUCAACCGAGCUGGGCUGGAGUGGAGUUCCACGUGCACUCGUAACGGCUUGGUGGCGGGCGUCCAGAGCAAGUACUUUGAGUCGGUUCUGGACCGGGAGUGGCAGUUCUACUGCUGCUACUACAAACGCCGCUGCCCAUACUCCUGCAUGAAGACGAGUGACAUUCCUGAACAAUACAGAGAGGAGGCAGAGCUUGUGGUUCCUUCCUACGGAUACUUCAUCCGAGGAGCUCAGACCACCUUCAGUGGAGUGUUAAGAGAUCGGCAGUGGAAGUACAUCCUGUGCAGAAUGACAGACUUUGACUGUGAAUUUCAAAAUUUAUAGACAUGUAAUCCUCAUUAUUUCCAAUCUAUAAACAGUUUAGACUAAUAUUUACCCUCACAUUUAAACAAAAUACUUUCAUACAUUAUACAUAACUGAUUAACGUGUUCGUUCAUGUAUUUAAAGGACCAACCACAGGUUUGUGAUACGUGUUUUUAUAAUCACUGUUUCUUAGGCUAGCAUGCGACAUGACAGCUCAUAUUAAAGUUAAUGUACCACAGAGAGUCUUUACCAGUCAUUUAGAAAGUGUUCCCAUCUAACUGGAAUUCAUUUGGCCUCAUGUGAAAGGGAUUUUUCCAAAACAUAAUGAAUCAUUUUGGCGCUGUGGUCAUCGUGGUGGAAAACAUUUCAUCAUCGGCAACAUGAGCUUUAAAUGAAAUGAAGAGUUUCAUGCUUUUAACUUCACGUCUAAUUAGAGCUAAACUGUAAACUGUACUAACUCAUGUAACUAU